AUGGUAAUAGCUGGAAUGAGGGGGGGGCUGAAAAAACGGAGGUGCGAAUACCAAGUGACAGCUGGCACGAGGGACUACUUUGGAGCAGGGGAUCACUUGAGGCCGCAGAAUUUGCGCACUGUCAUAGAAAAAAGGGAUCAGCCUUACGAGACUGUACAGAGUCAACUGAGGAAUUUGUACUUUGUCAUGGAAGGAAGGAACCGCGUUACGGGACUGUACAAAGAUAUCAUUGUCGGCAGAACAGAUAUGCUUCGCUCUCAGGAGAAAAGGGAUUUUUUGAGGCCUUAUUUGCCUGAAUAUCGUAGGGUGAAAGCUGUUGCGAAGGAGAAUCCGAGACUCUUCGCACAGUUUCAAACUCGCAUAUGGGUACUUUGGAUAAACCGUUGGUACUUGGAAAUGCAGGCUCCUGACCUGAAUGAUGCUGCGGGGAUUUGCCAUUGGAACCAUUGUCGCCAAAGAGACCUUCUCAAGAUUAUUCAGAUGCUCGCGUUGUGGGAUCCCUUCUAUGCUGAGGGUUGCAGGAAGCAAGCAGGACAAGCACUGCUCUCCUUACGUGUAGAGAAUAUAGCCUCCAAGACACAGCUAUCCAGUAUGAGGCGAAGUGAUCGAGUACCGAAGCCAAAAAGGCAUCCUGAUGAUAGUUAG